CGCCCUCAUGAGCUCAGCACCUGCGCUCGGCCCAGUCGAGCAGGCGAUCCGGCAACGGCUCGAGGAAUCGCUCCACCCGACCUCGCUCGACAUCACCAACGACUCGAGCAAGCACCGCCACCAUGCGCCCAUGAAGGCCAUCGGCGGCGGCGACGGCGAGACCCACUUUACCGUCAACGUCGUCUCGGAGCGCUUCGAGGGCAUGCGUGUCAUCCAGCGCCACCGUCUCGUCAACGACGCUCUCAAGCCUCUCUUUGACGCCGGGCUCCACGCGCUCGCGAUCCGGGCAAAGUCGCCCAAGGAGGUCGGCGGCGCAUAGCUUGGUUGCAGCUCGAGCACCUGUACAACAACGAGAUCCACAUCGACACG